AUGUCGAGCGCUCAGCCAAUAAACCACAAAGGUGUCUACAACUACUUUCUCAACAUGGUGGCCUACCAGAUAUGUUGCUGCUGUGGUCCAGCUCCCUGCUCGCUCUGCUGUUCCUGCUGUCCUCCUAUCAAGUCCUCGUCCAGCACCCGGUUAAUGUACACCCUGUUCCACAUCCUGGCCUGCACUGUCUCAUGCCUCAUGCUGUCUCGUACCGUGUCUGAGGCAGUCCGAGAGAACGUGCCUUUCUUUAACGUGGUUUGUGAUGAGGCUCAUGGGGGAGGGAACUGUGAGAUGUUGGUUGGAUAUUCUGCGGUAUAUCGAGUUUGCUUUGGUACAGCCUGCUUCUACCUGGUAAUGGCUCUGCUUCUGAUAGACGUGAAGUCCAGCCAGGAUUUCCGAGCUCUCAUACACAAUGGAUUUUGGUUCCUGAAGUUCAUCUCUCUGCUCGGAAUGGUGGCAGCUGCAUUCUUCAUCCCUACAGAUUCCUUCCUGCAUGCCUGGCAUUAUAUUGGAGUGGUGGGAGGCUUUGCCUUCAUCCUCAUUCAGCUCAUCCUCAUCACUGCUUUUGCCCACACCUGGAAUAAGAACUGGUUAACCGGGGCAGCUGAAGAUAAGAAGUGGUAUGUGGCAGUCAUGUGUGCCACCCUCGUUUUCUACACCGUCGCCACUGCAGCCUUUACCUUCAUGUACAAGUACUACACGCAUCCGGCAGCAUGCCGGGUCAACAAAGUACUGCUGUUUACCAACCUGGGCCUGUGUUCAGUUAUGUCCAUCAUCGCCGUCACACCCUGCGUCCAGCAAAAACAGCCGCGGUCAGGACUGCUACAGGCCUCCAUCAUCAGCUGCUACGUCAUGUACCUGACCUUUUCUGCCCUGUCCAGCCGUCCACCUGAGAAAGUGGUCUAUCAGGGGGUCAACAUGACCGCAUGCUACCCUAACAUAGGCCGAGACGAGAUUCAGAAUGAAGGAAAUGCUGUAGCUAUCAUUGGUGCUGCCAUCAUGUACUGCUGUGUGUUGUUUGCAUGUAAUGAAGCUUCCUACCUGGCUGAAGUGUUUGGACCUUUCUGGAUGAUCAAAGUUUAUCGAUAUGAGUUUCAGAAAGCCACUUGUUGCUUUUGCUGCCCAGACCAAGAGGAAGCAAAGGAAGAGUUUGUGAUUGAUGAGAGCAAAGGAUGCCAGAAAGUGAUUCAUAAUGAGAGUCAUCGUGUGGCAUACAGCUACUUCUUCUUCCAUUUUGUUUUCUUCCUGGCCUCUCUGUAUGUCAUGAUGACUCUCACCAACUGGUUCAGCUAUGAGACAGCAGUGUUGGAGACCACCUUUACCCAUGGCAGCUACUCGACCUUCUACGUGAAGCUCACCUCGUGCUGGGCCUGUGUCCUGCUCUACCUGUGCCUCCUCCUGGCCCCACUGUGCCGCAGGAGCUCAAAUCGCAAGCGGCCUCAAAGGUCCCGGAUCAAGCGGCGAAUGGCUACCCAGCGCCAUGUCAGCGUCAGUGUGUGA